AUUUCCUUCGUAUAUGUUCUUCCACGAAACGGACGAGGUGAGCAGUUUCGGUCCAUAGAUACUUCCCCAUGCACAACAACAUUGAAUGUCCGCUGUCGGAGCUUGGAGUUUCGAAGUUGGAUGGUAGACGCCGAUUUCCUUCGAAUCCUCGACUUGCUUUAUACCUUUCCUCUACCCUUCAGAUCUCAUCAAGUUUGCCUCAAAGUUACUGUGAACGUGAAGUUAGAAUUCAAGUAGAAAACUGUACAGCUGUAUCUUGAAGAGAAGAGAAAUAUUCCAAGAUGCAGCCUAAUCGGUUAGGACUUGGUCUACGUCCUCCUAUGCCAUCCUAUGGCCAGGGUCCCUCAAUUUCGGCUCUCGCACAGCAGCAACAGAUGCACCAUGGACAAUUUGUCCCCCCACAACCGAAGAACAUCACUCUCUUUAUUGGUUCGAUAUCGGGUGGUAUAACCGAUUCAUUUCUGAACCAAAUACUCGGGGCUUGCGGGCCCAUGGAGUCAUUCAAACGGCUCAUCACCCCAGCGAAUAAGCCACAAGGCUUUGGCUUCGCCACAUUCCAGGAUCCAGAUGGUGCUUUGCGUGCCAUGCAAUUGGCUAAUGGAGUUGAACUACCAGCUCUUGAAGAUGGCUGUGUGAACAAGAAGCUUCUGGUGAAAGCAGAUGAAAAGACAAAGGUCUUUCUUGAUGCGUAUCAGGCACAGAAAAUGAAGACCGAUAAAGACGACGAAGCCCUGGCGCAGGCACAGAAGAGGGUGGCGGAGCUUCUAGCAGACAUCAACAAAACGUCACAGGAAGCAGCAAACAGCGGUCUUCUCGAUAAGGAGAAAUAUGUCAUUCCCCCACAUCUUCAUGAUCUCCAGGAAGCCGAUCUUCCGGAGACACAACGAGGACUCGUGAUGACCGAGAUUGCGCAAUUUCGAGAACGAGCAGCGAAACGAGAGAGGGAGAAGAUGCGUGACGUACAGGCAGCAGUACCUAAUAUUCUUGCACCCAGUGGUCCUAAGCAACGGGAAUGGGGAAAACCACAGGGCGCGGCUUCGCCUGCGCCUAAGGGCUACGGCAAGGGAGCACAAGGAUACAGUAAACCUGUCGGGUUCGUGAAAGAGGGAGGCGCGAGUCCACCUCUUGAUGACAGGACUCCUGCGGGAAAGAUGAAGACAGAUGAGGAGUUAGAACAGGAACGCAAGGAAGCUAGGAGACGAGAUGAGGAGAACUCAUACCGCGAUCGAGAACGACGAUACGAACCACGGGAACGGGCCCGGAUAGCGGGGCUUGAGCGUGCUAUUGCCCGGGAGAAAGCUAUGAGGGAAGCAGAGGAUCGUGAUCGGAUAGAGAUGAAGUCGCGGUUGGAAAUAUGGGACGAUGAUGAAAGUGACGAAUUAUUCUAUACAGAUCGAGCACGGUGGCGUGCAAUGCGUGCCCGGCGCCUUGCAGCAGAAGAGAGCGCCGAUGCAGAGUCGAGACUCUACGAGGAUCGGGAGGCUGACAAUUUGCGCCGUGAAUCUGAAGCCUUCCUCGCUCGUCAAAUGGAUGAGAUGCAAGCCUUGCAAGAGGAGCAACGCAAAGCUGGCAUGCUUCUCGACGAUGGUGCGCCUGUGAAGUUGACUGUCUCGUUGGCUCCGGCAGCGCCGAAGCAAGACGGUGCGCAGAAGGACAAGGCUGCCAUCGUCUUCGGUCAGGAGGAAGAGGAGGAGGAAAGCAUCAGGAAGAGGAAAGCCCCGAUGCCGAAGCUGGAUCUUGCUGAAGGUGGUGAGAAGGCGAAAGAGAGGCUGGAAAAGAUCAAAGCUUCUGUGCCUCGCGAUAAGGAGACUUUGUUCAAGGCCAAGGUUCGAUGGGAUGGUCUGACAGAUACCAUGAUUGACAGGAAACUUGAGCCAUUGGUCAAGCGCCUGAUGGUCAACUUUCUUGGCGAACUCGAGGAUGAUGAUCUCGUCAUGUUCGUGCUGGAACAUUUGAAAGAUCAUAAAGGUCCUCAGAAGCUAAUAGAGGGGCUUGCGCCGGUCCUAGAAGAGGAAGCCUUGGAACUUACCGUCAGUGUGUGGCGCCAAGUCAUCUUCGAGAGUAUGGCGUACGGCGAAGGCCUACACACUGAGCGAAUGAUGGUAGACUGACGACAAUCUCUUGCUAUGUCUUGGAGUGGUACGUUUGCGUAGCAUCGACUGUUAUCUCUACUAAGUUAUACAAGAUGCCUUAUUUCUGUGACAUGCUGGACAUACUGAUGCGAUGGCCGUACAAGAGGCGUAUUGGAUGUACUGGAUGAAGUUUUCUUCUUGUCGUGAGUAGUCCACCCUUCGAUCCGAACGGUUCGGCUUGAAUGAUAUUGCACUUUUCGAUAAAUUCGGCGGGUCUAGUUCCGCCGUUGGCUGUAUGCUACAGCAUAUUUGUCGGAUGUGAAGCGCAAGGAUGGUGGUUUCUACGUUGAGUAGCUAAACUUCUUCUGCUACGUCGGAAAGUUGUGUUGAUGAUGGUUGUAUUGUCUGGCAAGAUGCCUUUGAAUCAAACUGUUUCCGAUUAGAUGGGGAAUCCUUAGUAAAUUACGUCGGUGAGUUCAAUGCUUCAUCAAGUCACAGAAGCUGUCCAAUGGUACUUGUCGCGGCCUUUCUUACGAAGAUUGUGUAGAUCAUUGGUCAUCGAUCCUGUUAAUUCUGAAUCACGCCAAUGCAAAUCCUGGCAAUCUUGAGGUGAGUAAACAACGAUUAUCCUAACAGCUUUGACUAUAUAUAUGUGCCGAUGUCAACCCUGUUGGAAGGAGAGUACGCAGGUAAGCCUACGUCUGAUUGGGGCCACCCAGUUCACGAUCGGUGCAGAUCCUGAAGUGGCUGUUCUCAACUUUGAGUGAUAUCGUCUUCACUCCAUGCACCAUAAUGUUGGGACCCAUGCAUCAGUCUGGAACGCUGAAGCUAAGUAUGUGUCACUUAGCCGAUAGCACCAGAUGGGCAUUAGGUUACCGUAUAGGCAUUAGGAUACAGCGUACACAAUAUACAUCAUUACAAGAC